AGUUCCUCUCGGUCAGUUGCAUCCCGCCUUCGAUGAACAUGGCGGUUCCACGGUGUAACAUUUUCAUAACUGGAUGUAAUCGAGGACUAGGCUUGGAGUUCGUCAAGCAAUUUCUGCGCUCCAAAAAUCCUCCCGAGCAUCUGAUCGCAACAUGUCGAUCUUUGGCAGGAGAAAGUGCCAGCGAAUUAAAGAAACUCGCGGCAGAAAACCAGAAUUUGCACUUGUUGGAACUCGAGGUUACAGACUUUCAAGCAAUCCAGCGUUGUGCAGAGCAAACAAGGGAGAUUGUACAGGACAAGGGGCUACACAUACUCGUGAAUAACGCUGGAAUUUUAGACCCUGCUGGUUUAUUAGAUGUAACAGAGGAACAGAUGAUUCGGGUUUUCAAGGCAAACACCGUUGCACCUCUGCAAAUUGUACAAGCCUUUCUUCCCUUGUUGAAACAAGGAGGGAAAACGGCGUCUUUCCAAGACCAGGCACCAAAGUUCCCGAACGCUUUAAUCGUUCAGAUGUCCACAAAGAUCGCCUCCAUCCAGGACAACAGACCAGGGGGCCUUUACCCAGGGGGCCUUUACCCAUAUCGUGCCAGUAAAUCAGCCCUGAAUAUCGUCUCCAAAUCCAUGUCUGUAGACUUGAAGGGAGAUGGCAUAUCAGUGGUCAUACUUCAUCCGGGAUGGGUCCAAACAGACAUGGGGGGACCCAAUGCUUCGAUGGCAAUAGAAGAGAGUGUUGCUGGAAUGUUGUCUGUCCUAGCCAACUUUGAUGAGAGUAAAAAUGGAAUGUUCAUAGAUUUUAAGGGUAACAUUGUUCCUUGGUAGAAAUACUACUCAGCUGUUACUAGACUGUUUUUGUUGAAUUAUAUUUUGCCUAACUUAGUUUUAUUUGGAUUAAUACAUGUUCAUUGAUUGUAGGAAA